GCACUCACACGAGCAGUCACACGCGUAACUAUAGUAUUGCCGCGGAGGUUCGCUGAUACAUCCCCGGCUGUCAAGAGAGCAGAGUUAUCCAGCCCCCUCGCGGCGAGAGGAAAUGAAGAGGAGGCUGCACAAGAAAUACUUGGUUCUGAUACUGGCAUAUUCGGGUUUACUUCUGCUGAUCCCAUACGUGUUGGAUUACCGGGAUAAGUCCGCGGAGCAGGCGAGGCUGCCGCAGCAACAGCCCAGGUGCCCAGACCUGGAGAACACGGUGGCGCUCCUGUGGGACAAUAAUGGCUACAAUAAUAAUAAUAAAGGCAACGGCAGCGAUGCCACGGAGUUCCCGGCGAACCGGAGCCUGUCUCGGAUACACAUCUACCUGCACGCCACCUGGAGGACCGGCUCGUCCUUCCUGGGGGAGCUGUUCAACCAGCACCCCAAUGUGUUCUACCUGUACGAGCCCAUGUGGCACAUCUGGCAGGCGCUGUACCCCGGGGACGCGGCCAGCCUGCAGGGCGCCGUGCGCGACAUGAUGAACGCGCUGUACCGCUGCGACUUCUCCGUGCUCAAGCUGUACGCGGGCACGCAAAACAUCACCACCUCCUUCAUAUUCGGCUGGAAAACCAACAAGGUGAUCUGCUCGGAGCCGCUGUGCGACGCGCACCGGCGCGGCGAGGUGGGGCUGGUGCGGGAGGACCGGUGCGCAAAGUGCCAGAAGAGAGACCUGCGGGAGCUGGAGAGGGAGUGCAAGAAGUACCCGGUGAUGGUGAUCAAGGGAGUGCGGGUGUUGGACCUGAGCACGCUGGUGCCGCUGAUGAGAGACCCUGCCAUCAACCUGCAGAUCAUCCAGCUGUUCAGGGACCCGCGGGCCGUGCACAACUCUCGCCUGAAGUCCAAGCAGGCGCUGGUGAAGGAGAGCAUCCAGGUGCUGCGGAGCAAGAAGCAGUCCGACAAGUACAAGCGGCUGCUGGUGCCCAACAACAGGAUGAACCGCGCCGAGAGCUACGUGGCCAGCGCCAUGGAGCCCAUCUGCGACAACUGGCUGGCGGACAUGAUGCUGGUGGUGAACUCGCCCCCCUGGAUGAGGAGGAACUACCUGCGUCUGCGCUACGAGGACCUGGUCCUGCAUCCUCUGCAGGAGUUGCAGAGGCUCUUCCACUUCUCCAACCUCUCCACUUCCCCCGACCUGGAGAGGUUUGCGGUGAACAUGACGCAGGGCCAGGGGUAUUCAUCGGAGAAGCCUUUUCGGAUAUCAUCCAGGGACGCCAAGGAGGCGAUCUAUGCGUGGAGGGAGCGGCUGAACGUGGAGCAGAUCAAGCAGGUGGAGGCCUACUGCAGUGAGGUGAUGAGACACCUGGGUUAUGACAAACACAACCUGGACAAGCCCACAUGAGGACCAGCAGCAAGGGAGCAGUGGGCCAAGGGUCCUGGUAUUCAUGUCUGAGGCCCAACGGUGGAAUAACAAAACAAGCUGCAGGAAUGCGGUCCACUAGGAGGUCUCAAGCAUAUCUCUCGGGUUGUUUUCCUUCGCCCGAGCCGGGUCGAUGAACUGGAGAAAAUUUCAGUGGAAAGAGAGACCAAGCACAGAGAGAUGAAUUUGAAACGAGGAGAAGAGAGCUUAUUCUUUUACAGCGCAGCGUGUUUGACAGCAGAAGGGUCUGUGCAGAUGAAGAAAAUGUGGGGAGGGGGAUAAAACAAGAGGCCGAUUUGUGCUCGUGUUCCUCUGGGCCAACUUUUGUCCUCUCAGUAGCACUAAUUCCUCCUCAAAGCCUCUGCAAGUAAAAGCCCGAGGUCCUUCUCGGGACAUGAAUCCAGGGUGGAAGCAUCAGGUUUUCCUCUGACCUGUGUGACUUAUCCAUCCAGCUAAUGACUUAGCAUUCCUCAUAGUAAACAACAGUAGGAUCACUAACAAUGCUAACGCAGCUCUGAAAGAGACUCCAGUAUUUUGUGGAAAAGGGGGCCCGCCUGAACUGAGGAAGCAUUGUUCCACCCCCAGUCCUUCAGAAAUCUACACAGCUGCAGCACCGUACUGACAAAAUCACUCACACGGGUGUGAAAUGUUUUAAUAUCUACAGACUUCUUGGACAUCUGCCUCUGUUCUCUACCAAAAUACCUCCCAGCAAACCUUCACAAAACACAAAAAAUGGUACUGAAUCAUGCAAUUCUCUGUUUUUUGCUCUGUAAUCGUGGUCUGAAAACACUUUGAAAUGCACUUCUGGAUGAGGAUGUGUUGUGGAGGCGUCAUGUUUACCCGAAUUCACUUAUUCAGAUUAUGAAGUUUUUUCUGGGUAUAGUAACCAUGUCAGUUCUCAAGUUCUCAUGUCUAAAAUAAAUAAAUUACUUUUGGACUAUUUAAACUGACUUUAAACUCAAAGGAAAUGUGUGUGAUUGCUACCUGUAUUAAUGAAGGUUUAUAUGAUUUACUUUAUAAGUACAUUGUAAUGCAUUGAUUGUAUAGAUCUAAUUGGAGUGAAUGUGAGCUAUAAGUCACCGAACGGGCCUCCAUUCUUCAUACCAUGCAAGUUAUUAUUCAGAACUGAACAGCUCAUCACCGCUACUUUAUAGUGAUGUGCCAAAGUUAGUACUCCAUCUAUAUAUUUUUUUUUAAGAAAUAAAAAAUAAACAAUUUAAAAAAAUCAUGUGAUAAUAGUGGGUCCUUUUUAUUAAGAAA